AUGGAAGAAUCAAUGGAAAUGUACGAGGCGAAGGAGUUGGCCGAGAAAUUGGCGGAAUUUACGCUGAAAUCAGUGAAGGAUGAGAGAGUUUAUCAACGUAUCAAAGCAGGUGGAGUGAGUCUCUCUGAGUUUCCAUCGGAAGUUCUCGUCCAAAUCUUCCGCCACGUCGCCUCUCCGACAUUCAACCCACCGCCACCGCUUUUCUUGGAUUACAUAAAGUUCAAGAAUGAAGAUCAAUUGAAGAAAAGAAAAGAAAUGACAGAGAAUUAUGUCAAAGAACGUGUCGAAAAGGAGCAAAAAGAGUAUUCUGUGAAGAAUUUGAUGGCUUUGAGAAGAGUUUGUGUCCAGUUCGAUGAAGUCAUCGAUUUUAAAAUGAUGCCUGGACUCGACUACGAUCCGAUCAUGAUCGAUGUCAAAAUUCAGGGUUCCGAACACGGUCGUCAAGUCACUGCGUUCAAGUACGGAGGCAGUGGAAGUAACGCUCCGGCUGUCAGAAUCAAUCGAAUGAGAGGAUACAACGAGUGGGAGUAUCAGCACAUCAAAAAAUUCGAGAAGCUCCAAAAGCUCUACAUCGUCGACAUGUUGCUGAGUGAAGAGGUGCUCCAAACGGUGCUCCGUCUUGAUUUGACAUCCGCCAAAAAGAUCACAUUCGAGCGUAUCAAAGGACUGAAAUUCGAUGAGACGACGAAUGUGGCUGCGAGAAUUCAGGAAUUCCUGGGAUCUCUCGACUCGCCGGCCAUGGUUUACUUCAAUUCGAAUGUUUUCGAUCCGAAUAUCGAUUUGUUUGAGCAGAAAGAAGAUGAUGAAUGGGGGUCGGAUGAUGAGGAGAUGGAGGUGGAUGUGGUGGAGAGAGGACUCGUUCGACGGGAUACGUACCAAAUCGAGCACCGUCCAAAGAAUCAUCGUCGCAUCCGCAACAGACAGCGUACAGGUGGAAAUACGAAGGAGUUCCGUGGCUUCCGCACCAUAAAUGUCAUGAAUCACAUUCUUCUCGGCCAACGUCAUUCUCCUGAUGACAAUCUGACAUACGGUCACCCGAGUGGACAGCAGAAGUACAAAAGUGAUCUGAAGAUGGCCUACGAGACACUGACGAUGAGUACUCGAUUCGAUUUGAGAAAAGCUGGCAGAUGGCAUCUCAGGAAUGCAUUCAAUCUGCUCGGAUCACGACCAGUCAAGUCGAGAAAAGCACUCCUUUUCCAUCUGAAAUCGCUGAAAAAGAUCACUGGAGACGAGUCAUUGACAACUGAAGAGGAAUUGGCGAUCAUUCAUCAUGCUAAAGAGACGGAGCACAGAGAGAAACUGCUCAGAGAGUCGGUUCCAGUCAAGAAAUGGAUGGAUCAGUUAUUCUGA